AUGGAUAUCGAGAAGAAGCCCCGCGCCAGCAUGGACGAGAAUGAGUCUUGUGACUCCAAGAGCCAGGGGCAAGUCAUAUCUCCUAAGCCUGAAGCGCUUCAGCAUCUUUCUGAUGAGGAAGUCACGGCUCUGGAGAAGCGUCUCAGACGCAAGAUUGAUCUUCGCUUACUUCCUUGUAUGAUCUUGAUCUACAUCAUGAACUAUCUUGACAGGAACGCUAUUGGAGCUGCUAGACUUGGCGGCAUGGAGGAGGAUCUGGGAUUGAAGGGCAACGAGUUCCAGACUGCCGUGUCUGUCCUUUUCGUCGGCUAUGUUCUCAUGCAAGUUCCCUCCAACAUGCUGCUGAACAAAAUCGGAAAGCCAGCCUCGUACCUUACGGCUUGCAUGAUCGGAUGGAAACAGGGUGUUCUGUGCGCCUCCACCGGAGCUGUCCAUAGCUUUGGUGCACUCACUGCAGUCCGAUUCCUCCUUGGCUUCGUCGAAGCGGCCUUCUAUCCCGGCGCUAUGGCAACCCUCAGCGCCUGGUACGUGCGAAAGGAACUUGGCGUUCGAACUGCGAUCUUCUACUCGGGAUCUCUCAUCUCGUGUGCUUUCUCCGGACUGAUCGCCGCCGGCAUCAUUGACGGAAUGAAUGGUGUCGGUGGGCUUCUGGCCUGGCGAUGGAUCUUUAUCCUCGAAGGCUCAGCCACUGUUGUCAUCGCCUUCUGCUGCUACUGGAUUCUCCCCGACUUUCCAGCAACCACCAAGUGGCUCACUGAAGAGGAACGCGCCAUUGCUCUGUGGCGUAUGGAGGUCGAUGCCGCUGGUGAAGAGGACUGGACUGCAGGCGACCAGCAAUCUCUCUUUCAUGGAUUUAAGCUGCUUCUCCAAGACCCCAAGAACUGGAUCUUGAUUGUUGUCUGCUACGGAGCUGCUAGCGCUAUUGCUAUUAACAGCUUCUUCCCUACUAUCGUGAAGAGCAUGGGCAAGGACAGAAUCACCACCCUCUUGCUUACCGCACCUCCAUAUCUACUGGCAUGCAUCGUCUGUGCGGUUGUCGCAUGGAACGCUGACCGGGUUCAAGAGCGCUUCUGGCAUACGAGCUUGUCUAUUGCCUGUGCGCUCGCAGGCUUCAUCAUCUCAGCUUCUACCACCGGUAUUGGCCCUCGCUACUUUGGCGCCAUGAUCAUGCUGCCUGGUAUCUAUUCUGGUUUCAACAUGUCCAUGGUAUGGACCGCCAACACCAACUUCCGACCUGUUUCUAAACGAGCUGCCGCGCUGGCAUUCAACAAUGCCCUGGCAACCAUCUGCAGUAUCUAUGGAUCUUUCUUGUAUCCCAACGGCGCUGAACCGAGAUUCAUUCUAGCCUUUAGUGUCAACGCUGCCAUGGCCACCAUCGCUAUCAUUGCCAGUGUUGCCCUUCACUUCAUUCUCAAGCGUGCUAACCGGAAGCUGGAACUUAGAGAGGCCGAGGAGGAAGCUGCGGGACGACAUCUUCCUGGAUCUGGCUUCCGAUAUCUUACCUAG